AUGAAGCUUCUACCGGCGUUGUUGGACAUCCCUUGUUCCGGAUCGUUGGCCGCAAGAUUUGUCCGAGCAGCGUUCAGCCGUGUUGAGGGUUCUGGGGUGUACAUUAAGUUUUAUCGGAUUUUCUCGGGUGAUGAGUGGGACAACAAGUCACCAAGUGUUGAAUUCGGAGAAGUUCACGACAGUCAUUUCACGCGAACGUGCACUGGUGUGGUCAUGAACGAUGUUAAGGCUCUCAUCUUCGAUGUCUUCGGAACGGUCGUUGACUGGCGCUCAAGCGUUGUCGGAGAGCUCAGAGUAUUAGGCGAGAGGCACGGUGCCCCUACAGACACAGAUUGGCACAAGUUCGCUCAAGCAUGGCGUAGUGGCUACAUGACGAACACGCGAAACAUAGCAGCGGGACGUGCAUCUGGCCCUCUCAACGUUGAUGCCAUGCACAGACAGAUCCUUGAUGAACUCCUCAGCUCAGCGGAAUGGGCUUCCGUUGGGGGGCUUUUCGAUGAAGAAACUCGCCAACACCUUAACUUGGUCUGGCAUCGCCUGAACGGAUGGCCAGACACCGUUGAAGGACUGCGAGCUCUCAAAAAACAGUUAAUCAUCGCGACCUUGUCGAACGGAAACGUUCGUCUACUCGUAGACAUGGCGAAGCAUGCCGAUCUUCCUUGGGAUGUAAUAUUCUCCACGGAGCUAUUUGACACCUUCAAACCGAACCCCAAUGCCUACCUCGAAGCCAUGCGUCACCUUUCUCUAGCUCCGGAGAACUGUGCGAUGGUAGCAGCACACAUCUUCGACCUCCGGGCAGCAGCCAGCCUCGGUAUGAAGACGGUUUACGUCCGCCGGUCCAACGAGGACGCGGACGCAAUGGAGACCGGGGUAGACAUUAGGAGCAAGAAGGAUGGAGGCGAUGUUGAUUGUGUCGUUGACUCGUUUACGGAGCUCGCGACGAUCCUCCAGACUCAAUGA